CCUCCUGCGCCCCGCGCGCCUGGCGGGGGCCCGCGGCUGGCCGGGGGCAGACAGAUGACGAAGAGGAGGCCCGGAGGUGCUGUGGUGAGAAGAGGCUUGGGGAGGCGUAGGAAGGAUGGUCAGCUUCCAUCGCGCCCCGGACUGACCCCGGGAAUCCCCGAAUUCCCGCGGGGGAUCCUGGCUUCCCUCCCGCGUGGUUUCAAAAGUUGUGAAACUCCCGAGGGUCCCAGCCCAUGGCCGCCCUGGUGUCGCGCGGUCUCCAGGGGAGCGGGGAAAGUAAAACCGAAACCUGCCUGCCGGCCCGCCCUUCCGCCCGCGCCCCGCUACGUUCCGGCCCCGCCGACGGCCGAGUGCGCAUCUCUGCUCCGCCAUGGCAAACCUAUUUUGGGAUACUUGCAUCUUAACACUUGCAGUUAGGAUGGAGGAACACGUUUACAUAUUUUUACUGUUCAGAAGCUGUUUUCGGCCAUUAAAUACCUCCCAUCCCUGGCUGGAUGGCUCAGUUGGUUGGAGCAUCGUCCUGUGCACCAAAAGGUUGCAGGUUCAAUUCUGAUUCCAUCCCUGCUCUGGGCCAGCAUCAGUUUUGAAUGUCAAGGAAUCCAAAGCUUCUGAAAGAACGGUUGUAGUUGCUGGUCUGCCGGUUGGCCUUUUUAGUGAUCUAUUACUGACCACAUUAGUGAAGAGACACUUCCAAGAUAUCAAGAAUGAAGGCGGGGUUGUUGAAAAUGUAAUAUAUCCAACAAGAACCAUGGGAGUUGCAUAUGUAACAUUCAAAGAAAAAAAAGUUGCAGAGAACGUCAUCAGAAAAAAGAAACACUAUCUAGCAGAGAAGGUUGGACCCAUUCAACUCGCAGUCUCUCAUUUUAGUGAAAAGGUCUUGAUCUCUGUAAAUGCUAUUCUUGAUCUCUCUGUUUUUCGAGGUCAGUUCCCUCUGGAAAGUCUGGUGAGGGACCUGAAAAAGAAAAUUCCAAGUUUAUGCUUCAGUCCUUUGAAACAAAAUGGAAGAAUCUCCGUUCAAGGAUCCUUUCUGGCUAUCAAGAAGCUCAAAGAAUCUUUGCUAUUUAAAGCAAGUUCUCUUUUAGAAAAAAGCAGGAGUUGUAUCAGUGAGGCAGAAAAGAGGAGUAGACAGAGCCCCAGAAGGAGUCUACAGAGAAGUCAUAACUCUUUGGAGUCACCCAGGUCCUCAGUACCCGAGACGGCUAGACGCGGAGAGACUGCCAGAUGUGGAGAGACGCUUGUUCUCGAUACAGAUGUUUUCCUGUACCUGAAAAAGAACGGCGUUUAUGAAAGUACUUUGAGAAAAUAUCAUGUGCUAUGUCAGGAGAGAGUGGAAGGUGAAAUCACCACAAUUUGCAUAAAAAAUGCUCGAGAUGGUUUGCGGCCAAACAAUGAAAAACUUGUAAAAGAGUACUUUGAGAAAUAUUCACAUGCUCUUCACUUUGAGCUUAGAAAAGAGACGUUUGAUUUGGAAGGAAAGGAAAAGAGAGAGAGAGGAAAUAUUAAGUUGGCAUGUGAACAACUAAGUUUGAGGUACCAUCAGAAACUUCUGGUUAAUUUUUAUAAGACACACAUUGAUAUUAUAGGAUCUUCUUCUGACGUUUACUCAUUUAAAAAAGAGGUCAUGAAAUUCAUAAGGCAAACAGUUAGGUGAUAGAAUCUCAGCGAUAGUGAUGAUAAUGGCUGCUGCUUUUCCUUCCUGAGCAGUGAGGAUGCCAUGCAUGAUGAUAGCUUUACCCAUUUUAUCUCAUUUAAUCCUUGAGACCAUCCUUCGUUAGAGUCAUUGCUUUCCUCAUGUUAUAGGGGAAGGAACUAGGAUUUGGAGAGGUUAAAACACAUGUCCGAGGUUAUCUAACUGGCAAGGAAUGGGGCUGGGAUUAAACCCAGUCUAUGACUAUAAAGGAAAUAUCUAAAGCAUAAAACUUUGAAAAAAAACAACAACUCAUUAAGCUUUGAAGAAAUCUCACUUUCUCUGAAACCCCAAAUUCUUAGAAAAGGAAAUAGCUUUAAUUCUAAAAUGCGAGAAGUUCAGAUGAUGAUGAUUAUGCCGUUGGCAAUUAGCAUUUACAAAGUUUGCAUUUAUUCUAAAUAGAAUAAGGCUGCUGGCAAGCCCUGGCCAGGUAGCUCAGUUGGUUAGUGCAUCAUCCAGAUAUAUCAAGAUAGCAGGUUUGAUCCCCAGUCAGGGUACAUACAGGAAUCAACCAAUGAAUGCAUGAAUGGAUAGAGCAACAAAUGGAUCUUUAUCUCCUCCUCCUUUCUCUCUAAAAAAUCAAUAAAAAAAAAUUAAAGAAAAUAUGUUGGCAAAAGUCACUUGAGAAGCUACUUUCUCUCAAAGUCAAUCAAUAAAUAAAAAAUUUAAGAAAAUAAUGCUUGCAAAAGUCACUUGGGAAGUAUUUCUGAUGCAAGUUAAAUUAUUACUUAACUAAAUCCCAUUGGUGCAAGACUACUAGACAUGGAACAUUUUUAUCUAGCCUAACUGCUUACAUAAAAUGUUGAUUCUGUUAUAAUUAUAUAGAUAGUGUAGCAUCUUUUUUCUUUAUUCCUCCUUUUAUAAUUGUACUGUUAAAGCAACAACAUUUGAGGAGUUAGAUCAUAGGUGAUAAAAAUAAUAACAUGAGUACUGGCACUAUCAGAGGGAACACUUUGCAAAGUAUAUGAUUGUCUAACCACUAUGCCGUACUAAAACCAAUACAAAGUAAUAUUAAAAGCAAACUGUAAUUGAGCAAUAAAGUCAGUUUUCACAUAUGGAACUAAAAGGAAAAUAAAUCAAAUGAAACAUUAAUACAAAAGGAAUAACAAACACUAUUUGCCAGGCAUAAUUUUAAGGGCUUUACAUAUCUUCAUUUGGUUCUGAGAGCAACCCUAUGAUGUAGGUGCUGUGUUUAUGUCCUUUUCACAGAUGAGGAAACUGAAGUCUACUGAUGUAAUGUAACUUGUUCGUGCUCUUAAUUACUGUACUGUGCUUCUCCCUUUUAUAGAACUAGUCUCCUACAUUUCUACUUAAAGAAUUAAGAAGUCAGAGAUGACAGAGGAUUUGAAAGUUCUCUAGUGAAGAAGGGAAGCCAGGGCUCAUAAGUCAUUGAGUUGUAUGACUACCCUGCAUUUAACUUUGGGUUAAGCCAGUUUUAAGUGGCUGGGCCACUGCAGAGACCCUCUUGGGAUAAUAAAAUGUUUAUAUCUCACAUAGCUCUAAUAAACAAUCAUGCUUAUGA